GCGUGUGUGUGUGUGUGUGUGUGUUUGUGUGGUUUCACUGAAUUGUUCCACAGAAGUUGCUCAACUCUCCGAGCUCGCGCCGAGGUCCGUGAACGCACCGCGCGCCGAGUACUACUACUCGCGCAUCGUGUCGUGUCGAGUUGAGUGACAGUCCCACUGUGGCGGACCACCGCGGAGGCGGAACCGAGCCGGUGGGGGUAAACAGGCGGAUUCGUCCACGUUCGGAACCGCUCGUGGCAAGGGGCGUGCAAAACUUGAAAAAGAAGGAGGAGGAGAGACGUAAACAAGAGUGUUGGCGGAGGGGGGCAGCGGGGCGCCACACAUGGCCGAGUGGGGGGGGCCGGGAGAUGUUUGAAUGAGCUCCGCCAACUCGCCGAGAGGACACGACGCGUCGCCCGGCUGGCGGGCGCCGGCGGCGGGGGGCACCAUGGAGGGCCAGCAGGCGCCGGCGGACAACGCCGGCGAGGACGUGCGCAAGAGCGGCUACCUCCGCAAGCACAAGUCCAUGCACCGGCGCUACUUCGUGCUGCGCUCGGGCUCGGAGCGCGGCGGCGCGGCCCGCCUGGAGUACUACGAGAGCGAGAAGAAAUUCCGGAGCAAGGCCCCCGUCCCGAAGAAGGCCGUGCUCCUGGAGACCUGCUUCAACAUCAACAAGCGGGCCGACUCCAAGAACAAGCACAUGAUCGUGCUCUACACCCGGGCCGAGAGCUUCGCCGUGGCCGCGGACAACGAGGCCGACCAGGACGACUGGUACCAGGCCAUGGUGGACCUGCAGUGCAAAAGUAAGAACCCCUCUGACAAAGGACCUGCUGGGGACUAUGGCGUCCCCAAUCCUGGGCCGGCCUUCAAGGAGGUGUGGCAGGUGAAAGUAUGGCCCAAAGGCCUGGGUCAGGCCAAGAACCUGGUGGGGAUCUACCGCCUUUGCCUGACUGAAAAGACAAUCAACUUUGUCAAGCUCAACUCCGAUGCCGCUGCGGUGGUACUGCAGCUCAUGAACGUCCGGCGCUGCGGGCAUUCUGAAAAUUUCUUCUUUGUCGAGGUUGGCCGCUCUGCUGUGACAGGCCCGGGCGAGUUCUGGAUGCAGGUGGAUGAUUCAGUGGUUGCCCAGAACAUGCAUGAGACAUUGCUCGAGGCUAUGAAGGCACUCAGCGAGGAGUUUCGGCAGCGAAGUAAAUCUCAGUCGAACUCCGGUCCAGGAGGAGGUGCAACCGCCUCAAACCCGAUCAGUGUUCCCACACGGCGCCACCACUCGAACCCUCCGCCCAGCCAGGUGGGCUUCACCCGCCGACCCAGAACGGAGCCUCCCGGAGGAGCUAACGGCGCAACAGGGGUUAGCAGUGCCAGCGCUUCUCCCACCCCUCGACACAGCUUUCCAAGGUCUCGCACUGCCAGCGAUGGGAGCAAAAUUGAGGAGGGCCUGACAGGAGUCCCCAGCUCCAGUCCCUCGGCCAAUAGUCCUUGUUCCACCACACCGAUCCUCAGGUCAAAGUCGACGCGCUCAGUCCCCACCUCAAACGCUAAAACGCCUCUUGGUCUGAUGCGCUCAGUCUCCACGCCAGCACCCUCCCCAGCCCCAAGCUUGUCCUCCAGCUCUGGGCACGGAUCGGAAUUUGGGGGCAUAGCACCAUGUGCUGGUCCUGGGGCAGGGACCGGCCCCUACAGUCGUGUCCCGAUGCAUUGCGCCUCUGUCUCAGGUUCACCCAGUGACUACGGCUCCUCAGAUGAAUAUGGCUCCAGUCCCGGGGAACAGACGCUCCUAGUCUCCCCGAGCCUGCCUGGAAGUUCGGUUGGUAGCGUUGGCAGCCAGUCCUUUGGCGAGGAGGGAGCUAAUUAUAUUUUAAUGGGCCAGCAUAGCAGUGGCAAUAGCAGCAGCAAUCACAGCAGUGGGACAUCCAGCUCCUUGCCAGCACCUGGAGGACAAAUCUGUGGCUCCCAAGCCCAGACAAGGAGAGUGCUUCGCCGUUCCUCUAGCCGGGAGUGCGAAACGGAACGUAGGUUGCUGAGCAAGCGUGCCUCCUUACCUCCUAUGGCCUUGGAGAGACUGGUCCCGUGUCAGCACAGAGGUGAGGAGCCGGCAGAGGAAGACUCCGCUGACUAUGCUGUUAUGUCGAGGAGCACCAGCCGUGAAUCAUUUUCGUCCACGUCCUCCACAACGCAGAGGGAAUUCCUCAUGGGUGCUGGGUCAUCAGGGGGAGGUGGGGGUUACUUGGAUGUAGCAGGAGAGUUCAAAGGUGAACACGGUGCGGGAUCAGGUAGUGUUGUGGAUUUAGGAGUGGAUAAUGGCUACAUGUCCAUGUUGCCAGGAGUCACACAGCCUCCCGUGUGCCUGUCCCAAUCACUGGCGGUUUCUGUCCCGGACUUGGAUCCUAGACCUGCGGAUGAUUAUAUGGCCAUGACCCCGAACAGCAGUGUGUCCCCCCCACAGCAGAUCAGACCUCCGCCGACCUCUGAUGGCUAUAUGAUCAUGUCUCCCAAUAGUAGCUGCUCACCUGAUCAACGUGGCGGUCUCUCUUCAGGGGUUUGGGUGGGCAGUGGCAGUGCGGACAGCAGAGCAGGCAGUGACUACAUGAACAUGUCACCCAUCAGUGCUCGCUCUGUAAAUGGUAGCCCCCCGCCUUCAGAACACGCCAGUCAUUCAGAGACCAGUUCUCAACAGCAAGUCCCCAAGAUGGUGUACUCUUACUAUUCCCUCCCCCGGUCAUACAAACACAAUCCCUCUUCCAGACAUUUCGACGACGGACCAGGACGUGGCAGAAGGCCGAACGAGAGCGGCAGUAGGGGACUGGGUGGAGGUAGGACAAUAAGUGGGCGUCAGGAGCAAACGGCUGCGAGCAGUUCAAUGGCGGGGCGGCACCUGUCGCUUUCCUCUUCCUCAUACUCGUCCAGCUCAGCCAGCAGUGAGAGCCUUGGAGAAAGUGAGGAAAGAGCAGUAAGCGCCAUGGGUGGGGGUUCUAAAGAUGGAACUAAGCUCCAGCAGCGACGAGGCUCCGGUGGGUUGCCAAAACACGGUAUCCACUCUCGAAGUCGACCUGUGAGCUUGUUUGUUGACGUAUCCAAGGCCAACACGCUUCCCAGGGUCCGUGAAAACCCUUUUCCCCCAGAACCUAAGAGCCCUGGCGAGUAUGUCAGUAUUGAGUUUAAAGGGGAGAGCAGAAACCAGCCUGGGGUCGGGGGAGGGCGUGGGCGGGGCCUCAGGCAUAGGUCUUCGAACCCUCAUAGUACAAACAACCAGCAUCCUCAACACAGGCCCGUGUCUUGCCUCGGGAAUUUUAUCCCCGUAUCCUGCAGCCCAUCUGCCCCCAUUACUCCCACAGCUGUUUCUGAGUAUGUCAACAUGGACCUGGGCCCUUCUCCUUCGCCCUCACCCCAUACCCCGCUUGUUUUCCCUCCUUUCCACACCCCUCCCACACCGCCAACUCUUGCUCCUGCUUCCAAAAUCCCUGACGCCGGAUCAACUGACCCUUGUGAAGAGGUGGCAGUGAUUGCAGAGGCACCGCUAAGGAAAAUCGGAGAGAAUGUCCCAGAGUCGGAGUCCCCCACAUCAUGCGGGGACUACACAGAGAUGGCCUUCAGCCUGAACAACAACACCGCUUCCAGGUUGUCCUCCAGUGUCUCACUAAAAGCUCCUUCCCCGCCCAGGACUGAACCCUCCGUUGCAUCACGGGGUCUAGACUUUCCUUUAGCCAAAUCGGGCCCCAACCCAGACCACGGAGCUAAAGUUAUCCGUGCCGACCCCCAAGGACGUAGACGACAUUGCUCCGAAAGCUUCCUCACCACAUCUUCCCUCUCCGCUCCGGGUUCGACCUCCUCUUCGUCCACUGCCUCACUCUUCCCAGAACAAGCCGCCACCCGGCGGCAGGGCUUUGAAGGCACGGCGUGGCGUAAUUGUGCUGUCCCAGAUACCCCCACUCAGUCACCCCUUCCUGGACAGCAACAGGCCAUCGCCACUCAAACACCCACCACAGAGCAAGGCCUUAACUACAUAGACUUGGACCUGGCCAACAACGAGAGCCCCCAUUUAGGCCUGGAUGGGCCCCCGGGGAGCCAGGCAUCAGCGCGCCUCUUUUCGGUGCUGGGUGCAAGUUCUGGGGUCGGAGGAGGGGCUGCAGCGGUUGGCAACAGUAGCAGCUCCAGCGUCAACACGUACGCCAGCAUAGACUUCUACAAGUCCGAGGAGCUGCGGACACAUCAGAACGCAAAUAAUGAGGGAACAGAGUGCUGAUGCCAGCGAUGUCGUCCUUGGAGGAACAAUCUGUGAUGUCGGGGUGGAAAGAGAGCGCAGCUGCCAGCCAGCCACCGUGGCGACGCGGUCGUCGUGCCUCCGAGGAACGGGAAG